AUGUCAUCAAAUUCAUUAUCGUCAGUUCAAUUGAUUUCUACAUUAAAUUAUAUUCAACAACAACUCAAUAUAUAUGCUAAUAUAUUACUUUACAUAUUUGGUGUUAUAGGUUCGGUAUUAAAUACUAUUAUAUUUUCACAAAAACAAUCUAGAACAAGUUCAUGUUCAAUGUACUUUUUAGCAUCAUCUAUUACUGAUUUCCUAACAAUACAUUUGGCUUUUAUACCACGGUUUUAUUCAUUCGUUAACACAGAUCCCAAUACAUAUUCAUUAUUAUACUGUAGAUGGAGAUUUUAUGUAUUUCAUUCGUUAAUUAUGCUAUCAAGAUAUUAUAUUGUAUUAGCAUGUAUAGAUCGAUUUGCACUGUGUUCAACAAAUGUUAAAUAUCGUCAAUUUAGUCGUUCUAAAAUAGCGUUUCGUUUAAUACCUUUAACAGCUCUUGUAUGGUUUAUUAUUCCGAUUCAUAUAAUUUUAUUUCAAACAAUAGAUAAAAAUAGAUGUACACAAGUAGGAUUUUAUUCAUUAUUCUUUAGUAUCUAUGCUGUUAUAUUUGCUGCUGUAUUACCACCAUUAUUUAUGAUUGUAUUUACAUUGUUAAUAUUUAAAAAUGUAAAACAAAUAAGAAGAAGAAUUCAGCCAACAACGGCAUCAAAUUCGUUACAUAUAAAACAAAGAGAUUAUCAAUUAAUAAAGAUGUUAUUAUUGCAAGUUAUUGUUUAUAUAAUUUCAACGUUACCAUAUCCACCUGUUUUAUUAUAUGGAACAAUAACAGCUAAUGUACAAAAGAGUAAUACAAGAGUAGCAAUAGAAAGUCUUAUUACAAAUUUAGCUACUCUUUAUUUAAUUUAUAUAAAUGUUAGUAUUCCAUUUUAUAUUUAUUUAUCUAUAUCAAAAACAUUUCGAAAAGAAUUCAAACAGAUCAUAAUUAACUAUUGCUUAAAAUACUUAUUUAAAAGUCAUUUUAAUCAUUCAAUAGCAACAGGUACUACUCGUAGAACUGAUGAUGGUAUACCAAUUCAUCUAAAACGAUUAAACUAA